UUAAAAAAUCGUGGUGCCACUGCAUGGCAGGAGGCUUGGCAUCAUCAGCAAGCCAUUAGCCAUGGAUAAGGCAGGCGGCAGCGGCGAGGCGCCGCCGGAGCCGGAGCCGGCGGCGGCGGCGACGGUGAAGUCAAUCGUCGUGUACCCCAUCAAAUCAUGCAGGGGCAUCUCCGUGCCCCAGGCCGCCAUCACCUCCACCGGGUUGAGGUGGGAUCGACCGUGGCUGGUGAUGAACUCCGCAGGGAGAGCCUUCACCCAGCGAGUGGAGCCCAAGCUCGCGCUGAUUGAGGUGGAGAUGCCGCAAGAGGCGUUCACUGAGUGGCAGCCAACGCCUGAUUCUCACAUGGUUAUCAGAGCACCCGGAUUGGAUCCACUGAAGAUCCCUCUUGGCGCGAAACGUGCCACAGUUGAUGAUGUCUCUAUCUGGGAGUGGUCUGGUUCUGCGUAUGAUGAAGGAGAUGAGGCGGCCGAAUGGUUUUCCAGUUACUUUGGGAAGCCGACUCGACUCGUACGGUUUAAUGAAGCAUCAGAAAUUAGAGAGACCAAUCCUGACUAUGCUCAAGGUUACAAAGUUCUGUUUGCUGACGACUUCCCAUUCCUGCUGGCCUCCCAGGGCUCAGUGGAUGCACUAAACAGUAUCCUUAAAGAACCUGUACCAAUGAAUCGCUUCAGACCAAAUAUUAUAGUUGAUGGAUGUCAUCCAUACUCGGAGGAUCUGUGGAAGACCAUAAAGAUAGGGAAACUGACAUUUUUAGGUGUCAAGUUAUGUGAUCGUUGCAAGGUGCCUACUAUUAAUCAAGAUAAUGGGAUUCCUGGUGAGGAACCAACGGAAGCUCUACAAGCACUCCGGUCUGAUGAAGUGUUGCGGCCGAGCCACAAAAAUAAACGCCGGGUCUAUUUUGGGCAAAAUUUAGUCUGCAAGGAAUCUCUGUCGGCAAAAGAUGAAGGAAGGAUCAUCAAGGUCGGCGAUCCAGUUUAUGUUCUUGAGUCAUUCCCUUCUUCAGAUGAAGUUCCAGCAUGAGCAAGGAGGGCACAGUGGCAACCGUUCAGAGGUUAGUAAUAGGUCGAUUUAUGCGCGCAUGGAUGUAAAUCUUACGCUGCAGAUAAGGCUUGAGAAAGUGUGCUAUGUGCCAGAAUAAACAUUACCAUCUGGCACUGAAAAAUGUUGCCCAUACAGUCGAUGGUUUUUCAGUGAUCACUGUUGUGCAGUUACCUGUACUUUCAUCA